AUGAAACACGAUCAAGGUGGUAUAAAUGGACAACGUGCUGUUACAGAACCUCCAAGGUAUGAUCCACCUCCCACUUAUGAGGAGGUAUUAAAAUUUUACCUCCCACCACCCCCAGCUUAUAAUACUAUUGUUGAAAGAGCCUCAACUUCUCAAGUUUCUACGUAUGGAUUUGAAAAUGCUGGCUUUAUUCCCGAAACAUAUCAGUCAGCUCCUUGCACUAGUCAAAGGACAAUAGAAACAGAUGUUUCUGCUCUUGGAAAUAUUGAUAUGCUUUCCACGUCUCUUUCUGAUACUGCUACUUGCAGAGCACUAGAAGGAAAUAUUGGUCCACUAAUAACAUUGGAAAUCUCUAACGUAGAAUUAUUCCAAGCUGAUAGUACCGCAUCCAGCAUACUGAAUGAAAAUUCCUUAACUGAUACUGUUGUACCAACAUCUACAAGUAAUGCUUGUGUAAGGUCAUCUCAAAUGGACACUACCACCUCCAACACACUGAAUGAAAAUUCCUUAACUGAUACUGUUGUACCAAUACCUACAAGUAAUGCCUGUGUCAGGUCAUCUCAGGUGGACACUACCACCUCCAACACACUGAAAGAAAAUUCCUUAACUGAUACUGUAGUACCAAUACCUACAAGUAAUGCCUGUGUCAGGUCAUCUCAGGUGAACACUGCCACCUCCAACACACUGAAAGAAAAUUCCUUAACUGAUACUGUAGUACCAAUACCUACAAGUAAUGCCUGUGUCAGGUCAUCUCAGGUGAACACUGCCACCUCCAACACACUGAAAGAAAAUUCCUUAACAGAUACUGUAGUACCAACAUCUACAAGUAAUGCCUGUGUAAGGUCAUCUCAGGUGGACACUACCACCUCCAACACUCUGAAAGAAAAUUCCUUAACUGAUAAUUCAAGUAUUCUGGUCUAG